AUUAUAAUGCAGUUUAGCAAGAGAACAUUCGCAAGAUCUUUCAGAGGAGUGAGUAGGACCAAUCACUUUACUCAAGGAAUUGAGGGCUAUAAAUAUCUGAUCAGGAAGACAAUGCAAGAUCAAAGAGUUGUUAGCACCUCUAUUAAAGCUCCAUCUUGGCCAGAUCGUAGCAAAUUGCACCUUAUUGCAAUUCCAACGAGAUCGACAGAGACACAUUCAAAGAGGGAUUACUUUAGAAAUGCUGUUGAAGAAUUUCAGCCAGAUGUUAUCGUGUCUCAAUCAGACCCCACUAAUUAUUACAACAUGAAAAAGUUACUUGGCAAAGAGUUUAAAGAAGAAACAUUCCAGGUUUUGAAAAACGUAAAAUCUAUUGAUGACUGUAUUAUUGACUAUGAUUAUUUUGAUCAGCUCCUGACUCAGCACUACAGUGAGCAGGAGGAGGCAAAGAGAAAUUCUGAGAAGAAAGAAAUUUUUGAAAAAGAAAAAUAUGAAUAUGACAAUAUCUUAUAUCGCGACCUAGAGCCACAGAUGAUGAGUAGACUUCAUGAGUAUAAUGAAGCCUUCAAUGCUAUUGAGACUCAAGAGGAUAUCAGAAAUCAUCCCAAAAUGAAAGAGCUGAAGAGGCUUCAUGACAUUGUUCAUUACACUAGAACAAUGCUUUGGGGAGCAAAUCUGGAGCAUUUACACUAUGAUAUGGAAGGAAAUACCAUAAGAGCCAUGGUCAAUAGAAACAAGGUUGCACUUGGGGAAUAUCCAGAGAUCUUGUUUAGAAGGUUUAUUGAUAGAAACUUUAGCUACAAAUAAAUUGAAAGCCGUUUACUCAGCAGUCAUGAAAAUUUGUGAAAAUCCAGACUAUGAUGAUCUUAAAGGAAAAGAUGAAGCUACAACUCUAAGCGUUUCUGCAGCUUAUGGAGAGUUUCCUGAAAUCUUUAUACUUCCAAAAACAUUAUACACAGCAGGAUUGAUAAAAGAAUUGAUAGACAAAAACCAGAGAGUUCUUGCUUUUGUAAAUUCGACUUGCUAUGCUGAAGUCAAAAGAAGGAUGCUUGAUCCAAUUUUCUAUAAGCAGUUGAACAUGAAAAAGUAUUUAGAACUUAAAGAAAACAAAAGGCCUGAGUCAGAUGAAAUAAGGAUUAAGAAACAAGCUCUAUUAGAUAAUUUGUUGGAUAACUAUCCUUGGAUGACUGAUGAUGUAUUGAAUUCCAUCAAAGUUGAUACUAAGGAAAUCCCACAAAGUCAACAGAAUGUCUUAAAGUCAGUAUACUCAACAGCUUAUUCUAAGUAUUUGGGAAUUAGAAAAGAUGUCUUAAAAUUUGAUGCCACUAAUUUGGAAAAACUUCAGAAGAAAAGAGAAAGCCAACAAGAAGAACAUCAGAAAGGAUCUAGAGAGAGAAAAUUAGAGAAAGCAAGGGAAUUCUAAAUUAUAAAACACUGAUUCAAUCA